UAUUUAGUCCUUCCCACCUUGUCUUGAAUGAUCACAUGGGGAUGAGGAACUUGUCUAACCAUUGAUUCAUUAACACCAUUAAGGCCCACUUUUGUUUGCUUAUUUACAAACAAUUGUAUUUAAACCUACUUGACCUUAAACCCCAACUUGGGAACAUAAACGAACACCCAAAUACUUGUAUAAUUCCCUCUCUUUCUUCUUAACUUUCUUCAAACCACAUGCCUUCUUCACUACCAAUAUCAAUGUCUCUUCUCUUUGUGGUCCUUUUUAUUUUUUCUUUUUCUUAAUUUUAAUCAUCACCCAUUCUCUUCUUUUCCUUUUUUAAUUUUCACUAUAAAUAACAUUUUAUUUAUCUAUAUAUAUAAAUAAAAUAAAAAAUAAAUUAAAUUAAUUUAUCUUAGCUUAUAUUAUAACCUUCUUCAUCUUCCUAGGUCUUUAUCCUUAUACCAUAAAACAAAAAGCAUAUCAAGUUUCUUUGUCAAAGAAUCUAUUGUAUUUUCCUACACCCAUUUUUUUCUUUCUUUUUUUGUCACCAUUACAAGAAGGAACCUAACAAAUUAAGUCCUCAAUCUUAGUGUUAGAGCCAUUUUUUAGCAAAGGGUUUAGGGAAACAACUAGGUUGAUUAUACACAAAUUAAGACAAUGUCUAGUAGAAGGUCAAGACAAUCAGGAAGCUCAAGAAUCAGUGAUGAUCAAAUUAUUCAACUUGUUUCCAAAUUGCAACAGCUUGUUCCUGAGCUCCGUCAACAUCGUUCUGACAAGGUGUCCGCUUCAAAGGUGCUUUUAGAGACAUGCAACUACAUAAGAAACCUACAAAGUGAGAUGGAUGACCUUAGUGAUCGCCUCUCACAACUCUUGACAACAGUUGAUGCUAAUAGCGAAGAGGCAAGAAUCAUUAGGAGCUUACUUAAUUAAUAAAUAAUUAGAAUAAUUUCUUUAUUAAGGUCAAUUAUGUUUUUAUUAAAAUGCUUAUUAUUGAUAUAAUAUAUAUAGAAUAUGGUAGCAAAUGAUGCAUGCAUGGCCUAGGAACGAGUACCUAGAUCUAGCUUGUAAUGCAAAUGUCGUAUACAUAUAUAUUAGUAGUAGUACUCCUAUAUAUAUAUAUAUAUAUAUAUUAAGUAUUAAGUAUAUGUCUUUUGUAAUUAAGCUCCUAAUAAUAAUGUAUUUGCACGCAAUUAGUCCCUUUAUGUAUAUCUUAAGCCAUUGUUAUUAAAAUCC